UGCCUGGUUGCUAGACGACUCAAUCCGCAACAGUGAUGAGAAAACAGUCACCUCUACCGCGAAACACAACAACACUACAGCGGUUUUCACAGAGAGAAGCUCUUCGGUGUCUUUAACUCCAUUUCCGGCUGUUAUCGAGUAAAAAUCCGCAGUGUCGAGGAGGAAAAUCCGAGUUUGUGCUCAUCUGUCGUCUCUGUUGUUGCUGUAUGUUUUACUACGAGGUGAGGGGGACCUGAAGUCAGCCUGUUGACCUGGAGAAAAUGUGCAGAUUACACCCGGUCAGAGUCAAGUUUUCAGACUUAACGUAACGUUUGUGAAGCAGUUAUGUCCACAACGACAGCGAAGAUGUGUGAGGAGGGGAGUGUUGUCCAGACUGAUGAAGACUGUGAGGAGCUGGUGAGUCUGCAGCUACUGUUCACAAUCAGAUCAAUAAUGUGGUUCAGCUUUAAAUUAGACAUGUUUUUCAACCUUCAUUGUACUUUUGUACUGAGUGUGUAACCUCAAAACAGCACCAGUACAGUACUUGACAGCAGGGGCGGAUCCAGACUGUUUAAAAGGGGUGGGCACUGACUUUAGCAGGGGGGAGAGUGGGGUAAGUUGAGCCACCCUCUGUUGCUUGGAAAUGGUCAAAGAAAUUGAUAAUGUGACCAAAUAUUGAGGAGAUGGGCAUCAAUUCAUGGAAUCUGUGAAGGUUAAGGUCCUUUCACAGCGGGACCGUUUUUCGCCUGAUUCACCGGUAUAUCCAACAUGGCCGACCGGCUGAUUGUUUCUGAUAGUUUACACAAACAUUACAAAGACAACGACCUGAAGGACAACUUGUGGAGAGUCAUAGCAUCGGAUUCUCAUAUGACGAUGGUUUGUGUGCUUUAACAGUUUGAUAAACAUCUUUGUUUUAACUUUCAUCUGUGCUAACAUAAGCUAACGGUUGUUACCAUAGUUUCAUGUGUUUAUCCGGUACUAACCCCGACUCAGUACAUGCUAUCAUGACAGACAGCCAUCUCAACACUAGUGUCUAGUGUCUAGUCCUCUGCCUCUUCAAACUUGGAGCUAAUUGUUUCAGCAGAACUUCAAAAUGUCCAACGGACAUCCAGAAAAAGGUUCUGAAGGUCCAGUUUCAGCUCCUGAACAUGUCAAUACGGCAAGAAGGGGGGAGAAAAUGAUUUGUUCUGUGUAAUAAAUUUCUAAAGUUUGUCCACAUCGCCAUAAGCUUUGCUGGUGGAUGUGGGACUUAUGACCUAUACUGCAGCCCGUCACCAGAGGGCACUGUUCUCAGAGUGGCUUCACCCAGCGAGGAGGCAGAUGGCGUCCAUUCUAUAUACAGUCUGUGGUUCAGACCAAAACAGAUCAUUUUAAAUUAGUUUUAUAAAUCAGUUGUGGUAUCUAUGAGCUCCAACAUGAGGUCAAAAACCUCAGAGAGAAGGUGAGGGAGGGCUUGGGGGAGAGUAGGGGCUCAACUUACCCCUCUCCUAUGGUCAACUUACCCCAUACACGGGGUAAGUUGACCAUAGGAGACCACUCUUUCUUUGUCAUGCUAUAUUAUCAAGAUUACAGUUCUGUUUACACUCAUUCUGUUGGUUUUCAGGGAUGAACAACAUCCUGAAAUAUCUGCAGAUACACGAGUUAGAGACAAAACUAGGAUUGACUUGAUGUAGUGAUCUGAAAUAUGAAAAAUGGUUCAUCUUACCCCACUCUCCCCUAUAUUUGCGCACAUGAAUGAAACAAAACAGGUAUCUCAGUUUCUCCUUCUCUGUUCUGUCGAUUCAGUUCACAGGAAAAUGAAAACUUUCACUUAAAUCAACAGAAUAAGACUGAACUGUAGUGACAGAAACCAUGUUCAGAAAGUAGUUUGGUUGACGUGUUUUUUUAUUGUAUGUUUUGACCCAUGUUCCAUCCGUCGAUAUGAGGGAGGCGGAGUUUAUGACUUGUACUGCAGACGGUCUGUAGGGGGAGCUCCAGAUGUUUUAGUUUCACAGUCUAUUAUUGUAAAAUGAGUUUUACUGUUUUUUUAAGAGUGGAGAUGUAUCCUGGGGAAUGUUUUUCACAUUUUAAACUCAUUUUUUUCUUAUCUUGAACUAAGUAUAUUUAACUCUUUAUAUUCUGUAAGUUUUUUUAUGUGAUGUAUCUCUACUGUCACUUUCACUCGUUUGUUUGCUCUGAAUAUAAUUGUUCUCUCUCUCUUUUUCUUCUUCCUUUCAUCUAUAGGUCGAUGAAGGCUUCUCUUUCUCGGCUGAUAUUCAAGAAAAGGUAUUCAUUCAAAUUUAAUUUGACCUGUUUUUGUUUUACCUUCUCUGAUUAGUUUGCUUACAAGUCUUUUUUUUUUAAAUCAGAAAACGAGGAGGAAGAGAUCCACCAGUAAACCUCCUCCUUCUCCAAGUAAGACCUCCUCGACUGCUCUGAACAGACACUGUUAGAAACACACUCUCCAUGUGCAAUUGUCGUUUAUUCACUGCGUGUUCAUGUGUGUGUGUGUGUGUGUGUGUGUGUGUAGGGUCUCCGUACCUCUCUAGUUUGAAUGUGAACCAAAGACGAGCAGUGGCGGCCUGGAAGCUGCCUAGGUCCUCCCUGGGGGACACCACACCUGGGGAUGGCGGCUCGGCUCGGCUCACGUCCCUCAGCAACGGCCACGGUAGGCAGAAGUGUGUAAACAUAACUCAAGCUCAGCAGUGUGAGACUCCCCUCGGAGCUCUGAGUUACUUUACCGACUCUGAAGGUGCUCCGCUCCAUCUGUCUUGAUUUUCAUUCCACUUUGGAGGCACGAUAACAGUCAAACUUGAUCGUCUGACCGAUUUCAUGUUGUGCGAACUUGUUUCUGUUUUUCAGACGUGUCCCAGACGCUGAGAUCGGAGUGUGAUGUCACGCCUGAGCUCCUUAAACAGACCCUGAGUUUGAGGAAACACAAACACCUGAACUCUGCGUUCAACGGUGAGAGGAAAAAGGGAGACGCCAGAUUAUAUCCUGAGAUGCUGCUUUAGAGCAGACUGGAUCGUGACCGUGUAAAGACGUCACCAUCACUUGUUUUACACCCACAAGGUGAAGGUGAAGGUGAAGGCAGCUUUGUCUGAUAAUGUAUCAUCUUCCUGUUUAUUUCUGUAUGUUUCAGGCUUCUCCAUCCAUCCAGGUGACCACAGAGAGAAGGAGGACAUGUACGAUGAGAUAAUUCACCUGAAGAAGGUAGAGGACUUCGUUCAGACUUUGCCUUUCUCUUAUGGAAAAGAAAGAGGUUUCGAGUUUGUUAAAACUUGAUCGAGUUCAGCACCUGAGGGUUUCCCUUUCUUCUCUACAGAGCCUCCAUGCACAGAAAUCAGACAACCAGCAGCUGAAAGCCAAACUUCGCCGCUUAGAGGAAGACAAUGCAAAGAGAGAGAAACAGAUAGAAGAGCUGUUGGAUCCCACAAAAGUGAGAUCAUCGAGUUUCUUUGUUUUUUAUGUGAAAGAAAAAUCUUUGACCAACAUGAAGUUUUUGUUUUUUUUAGGGAUCUGAGUACACUCGUAGUUUCGUGGAUAAGAGAAAAGAAGGAAGUGUGGUGAGUAAACUUGGACUGUUGAUGAAUAAAGCUGAUUUUUUUAUUUUAUUUUUGGAUGAAAUUCUCAAUUUAUUUGUAAUUUUCUAUCCGUCCAGGUUGUCAACGGACUGAAACAGAGGAUCCUGAAGCUGGAGCAGCAAUGUCGAGAGAAAGAAAACGCCCUCAGGUAAGAGGACUUCACGUCUUUUUAAAGCUCCUGUAAGAAACUUUCAAUUUAUAUCACAUUGGCGCCCCCUGUGGACAAAGUACUCUUUGCUUUUUUAACCUCUACAUGCUCAAGUACUUUCUUCUGACAAAAGCAUCUCAUUUGUUGUUCUUUUUGUUUCUUCAGCUUACAUCUUCCCCCUCACUUCAGUUUCAGGCGUUAAAAAUUACAAGAUAAAAGUCGUCAGUCUUGUCUCUGAUGGUCUCGAUUGUUCACGUUCAUCAUUAAGUGCCAUUAACUUGAAUUUUGUUCUUUCGAUUCUCUGUUUUCUUCCAGCAAACUGCAGAGUGAUCUGAGGACCACCAGCCUGGAGGAGCUGAAGAUCACGGCAGAAACAUACUUUGAAGAGGUGAAAAGUUUCUCUGUCGUUCAAAUAAAAACAAAUGAAGUUGCAGACAGUUUUCUUCCAGAGCAGCAUCAACACGUCUUUGUAUUAUUUUCAGUCUUUCUGUGAAAAAAAAAGGCUUAAAAAUGACGCCAAUGUUGAAUAUUUUUAAUGAAGGUUUUCUUAGCUGUGCUGUUUUCUCUCUGUUUAAAACUCUCAGCUAACUUUGACUGUGUGUGUGUGUGUGUGUGUGUGUGUGUGUGUGUGUGUGUGUGUGUGUGUGUGUGUGUGUGUUUGUGUGUUUCAUUUUUCAGAUCAAGCGGUUGAGGAUUCUUUUAAAAGCUGCAGAGAAAAGGUUCGAAUCUUCUUAUCAAAUUUAGAAGUUCAGUGUAACAGACAGGAGCAUUAGAGUUUCUCAUGUUUAAAAUCGGACUUUCGGAUCAACCUGGAACUUGAAUUUUCUACGAGGUUAUUAAAGAUAUGUCUUCUUCCAGCACCAGGCUCCACCGCUAAAUAAACUUUGUGGUAAGACUGUUGAAACUUACCGGUACUGACAAUAAAGAAAAUAUUAAUAUUGCACUAAAAAUAAGUUUAUAGUAAUGCUGCGUUCCAGUCGGAUGUUGGCGCUGGGAAUGACGUCACACCCGAGUUGAUGGUGUUCCAGUUAACAAGUCGGAAAACCAAGACGGACGCCUACAGUUACCUGUUGUCAGUUUUUGUCAGCUAUACUAGUUAUAAACAACAGAUAACACAGUAUUUGACUCUUACAAACACCAUAGCAGCGUGUUCACAGUUAGACGUUGGGCAGAACAACAUAAACCACUUAUUUAAUUUCACAAAAACAAAACAGAGGCGCUAAUAACUAAAACAUUAGGAGAGCUUUUACUGUUACUCUUUACUGUUGAUGCACUGCGCUGCACAAUCCGACCUCAGGGGGGCGUUCCAGAUGAAUUUCUGACUCAGGGCUCGGAAAUUCUGACUUCCGAGUACAACUGGAAACGCAGCGUAACACAGGAGGUUUAUAGUUUUGGUCAUGUACGCUGGUCGCCACGAAGAAGAAGAAGUGGCAGACUGCUAGAGAGCUCGCUGAAGAUGAUCAGACACUUUUAAACUAAUGUUCAAGAUUUAUUAUAAAUCCAAAAUCAAUAUUAGAUCUUUGAUAGUCAGUAUUUACUCUUUCUGACAGUUCUUUUCACUGUUUUCAUUCCGUUCUACAAGUGUCUUUUUUUUCCAUGAAUGUCGAUGAUCCUGAGGUAAUAAUCUGUUAUGGUGUCCAAACCUCGUAGUAUGACUUCACUGACUUUUCCCACGACAUAAAUGAAGAUCCAUAAAGGAAAGUGUUGCAGAAACGUCCUUGUCCGCACAUUCUUCCUCUGCCUCCCUCACAAACUCUCUAAAGUCGUCCGUCUGUCUUUCUUCCUGCAGCAGCAGAGCGGAGAGUAAAUGUUCGCAGAGGCAGCAGAGAGCUUUAAACUCCACGGUUCACCGUCUGUCUGAGGACCUGCAGCAGCUGCAGCAGGAGAACUCGGCGCUCAGAGAGGAGCUCGACACCGACACUCCUGCAGGAGGAGCGAAAGGUUCUUACUCACAAGACGAGACCACAACCGCAACCACGUUUCAUGAAGAUUUGAUGUCAUGUUUUACUCCGCUCACUUCAGCUGUUUAAUAAUAAUGGGAAAGUCGUCUGUCAUUUAACCAGCUUUGUAAACUAAUGUUUAAUGAUAUUUCCCUUUAAUUGGAGGGAUUUUAAAUGAUAAUGCAACCAUGAAAAAUGCUGCCAACCAAAGUCAGAAAAAGUGACAUUUAUCUGACAGUUUCAGUGUUUUAGAGACUGAAGUGAAAGGGAUCCAUCAUUUUUUUUACAUUCUUAUACAUUUUUUUUAGUAAAGAAAACAAUAUCUCUUUGUGUGUGUGUGUGUGUGUGUGUGUGUGUGUGUGUGUGUGUGUCCCAGGUUACAGAGAGUGGAGUAAACAGAGACUGCUCAGACGCCUGCUGGAGGUGGAGAAGGUGAGACGAAACUGUGACUCGUCGUCGUUGUUGGUCUGAACAUGUGCAGUCAUGAGCGUUUAAACACAGCCAAUAUUCGCAUCAUAAACCAGCUCCUUCCUUGUCCAAUCAGAGGCUGGAAGACCGCAGAAGACGCACCCAGUCUCCCAAGAGCAGCAGCCGAUUGGAUCAGGAGGUUCAAGCCACGCCCACAGAGAUCCUGGGGUUUGCCAUGGCAACAGAGGCAGUGGCCUCUGUGGGAACAAUGACUGUAGAGCGGGUGGAGGAUAGUGAUAUGAGAGAACGCCUCAGCCAAUCAGAGAAGGAGGGGGCGGAGCUUGAGGAGAAACUGUCAUGUAAAGAGUGAGUGAGCAGUGUUUCAUCUGAUUCAUGUUUACUGUCUUCUUCCUCUGAAGAGAGGAGCGUUUUGAAUCUGUAAGACUUUCAGCAGAGCAGUGGCUGAUCUUUGCUCUUCUGUGUUUUCAGAGACGAGUUAAAACAGCUGAGGACAGAGAGAGAAGAGCUGGAGAGAGAGACGGAGCGGUGGAAAGACGAGCAGACAAAAGAGCGGGACAAAGAGAGGCAGCAGCAUAAGUACGCUCUCACCUCUCAUCCUUCACACGCUCUGAUAUUUGUGAUGGACUUCCUCCAUUUCUGUUCAUCAGAAUUCAUGCGAACACAAACUCACAGAGUCACCAACUCAUUUCUGCACCGUCACAUAUAAACCACAGGAGAAAUCCAAACAUGUGUUCAAAUAUAGUUUAAAUAUGUAACUGCAGGUAAAAAACAAAAGAAAACCAAAGUGGAGGAAAUUUGGCAGUGAGGAGAAGGGUCAAAUUAAGGACAUGGAGAUCAUGUUCUAAUUAUUUUAAUGAUCAUGUUAUUACUUUUAAGACUUAGUGAAGGAAAAUCCUUAUUUACAGAAGUGCAGAGGUGCAGGCAACAAUGAAGUACAUCCGAGUAAAAUCAUCAAAAAAAAGAAAAACAGCGUUAAAAUAAAAAAGAUCAGCUCUUAAAACUGUAAAACAAACACGGUUCAGUCUGGAGAGAUAGACUCUCUUAUUCAACCCUGGUGAUGGUGGCCUAAAAGGACAAGAAGCUCCAAAUUCUGCAGAUACACCAACAACUUAUUGAUGCAUUAAGCAUCAUAAACAAUAAAUACGUCAAUAAAUCUAUUCAUAUAAAUGUCAUUGGUGUUUAAACCUGUUGUGUUAAUCCCACAGACAGACAGUCAGAGUUAGGAUUUCAUUAGGGAACAGGAUGAUCCUCAAGGGAACGAAAUAGAGAUCUGGUACAGAGACCAAUCAUGUUCUGAAUUAGAACCAAGUAUCAAACAACUGCGUCGUAUCAGACAGCAGCUACACCCAACCAUAGCACUUUAACAGGUGAAGCCGACAGCACUGUUGGUGAGAAACAAAGAAAAUGAGUGCUACCCCCGACAGAAAUGACCAUGAAGUCGACAACACUGGCGUUAGGAAAACGUCGGUGGUGUGGAGGUAUUUUGGUUUUUUGAGGUCGGACAUGAAGCAGAGUAAUGUGGACUGUAAAUUAAGUCGAGUACAUGUGAAAUUUCAUUAAAGACAAACAGGGAAGAUUUAAGAUUGACAAGUGAUUAUUUGAUAUCGUGAUACAUCUCGAUAUCGACCGAUAUGACAAGAAUAUAUAGUUAAACUUUUUCCCGUAUCGCCGAGCCCUAACCUACAUGAGUAUAAAAGUCUCGUUUUGAGUCCACAGAAACGAUACAGAGAUUAGAGUCUGUCUCACAGGUAUAAAGAAGAGGGCCUGUGAUUGGCUGAAUUCGUGGCGUCACUGUUUGGUGAAAAGCAGUCGGAGAAGUCCUGCUCUGCUCUUGGAUUCUUGGGAUUUCUUUUUCCCAAACUUUCUAGAUGAAAACGUACGACCUUAUGCCAGAACUUCAUCCAAUGACUUUAUGACAUGGCAACAGUGGAGGAGGCUCACAGAGAGCUGUCCAAUUAGAAGAAUGUAUACUUACAAAGGGGAGGGAACAAAAGCUAAAGGUUUUUUUUUUUUUUCGUGUCCUGAUUCAUACUUUGUGUUCCCCAGAGAGGAGCUGGAGCAGUUGUGGGCGAGGAUCCAGACUCUGGAGGAACGAAGUAAAGCUGCAGAAGCUGAGCUCUCGCUGAAGGAGGACAAGAGAGACAACAACAACGAGGAGGAGGAGGAGGACGCUCAGGCUGAAGAAGAAGAAGAAGAAGGAGGAGGUGAUGCAGGUGGAGAAGAGAGAGAGCUGGAUGGAGGUGAAGAACCAGACGCAGAGAAGAGAGAGAAGGAGAAAGCGGCGCUGGUUAUCCAGGAGAAGUGGAGGGAGCACAGAAGGAGGGUGUGUAUCACAGCAAGACGAGGAGAAGUUAGUGAUGUGUGAGGAAACCGUUAUAUAAGAGUGUGAAGAAGACGACAUCUGCAUCCAUCCCUCUUCUCCUUACAGGAUAUCCUCAAGUUACAGUCGGCGUUAAGAGGCCACCUUUUCAGAGAGGCACAGAUCCAGGUCCUGCUGAAACAGGUCCACGCACACACACACACACACACACACACACACACACACACACACACACACACACACACACACACACAUCAUUUACACAGAUGGGAGAGAAAGAGCGAUCCAGGACGGCUAAUGAUCAAACUGAAAUUAGUCUGAGUGAAGAGAGAGGAGGAGGAGAGUGAAGGACCAUCAGCUGUUUGGACUCGCUGUUCAAAAGUAAAGCCAAAAUAUCACCACCAACCACCUCUCUCUCUGUCUCUCUCUCUCUCUCUCGCUCUCUCUCUCUCUCUCUCUCUCUCUGUCUCUCUCUCUCUCUCUCUCUCUCUCCUCCAUCAUCUCUUCAGACUGAAGAUGCUUUAAACCGCAGUGACGCCGCAUCCUCCACAGAGCGAGGGCUGGAUGCGGUUUCCGUGACGAUGAUUCAGUCAGCUUUCAGGGGACACUUGGCGCGCUGCGAAUUUGCCGCGGAGAGGUGAGUCACGUCGCCACAGAAAAGUAAUAAGACGAUUAAAUCCCGUCAAACUCGCAGCGCUUUUUGACGAUGUUGCACGUUUGUGUUUGCGGCUCAGCUCAGAGUUUCCUGCGCCGCCUUCGAUGACGGGUAAAGAUUUCCCCGCGCCGGUACCGAGAAGGGCUCGUUCUGCGCAUAAGCAGAGCCGAACAGGUGAGGUUCUGGGUCAGGAAUAAACAAAGACUGCUUUGUCCACAGGGGGCGCCAAAACUAACACAAAUAGAAUACAUACGUUUCACACAUUUUCACUACCUGAGAGCCGUUAACACCCCCACUCCCACAAAGAGGUCUGAACCUCAGCUGUUGAUCGAAGACGGUGAUAAAAUCCUCGAUGAUUGAUCUGAUGCCCUGAGGUGGUGAAGUUAUUCAGACUCCUCCAGAUCCUGUUGCACGUGUGACUUUGUGUCCCAGUCUGUCAAGGUUCAGUCUAGAUGUUUGUUGGCUGCACAGCGGGUCGGUAUCAGCCCGCCUUCAUGGACCGAAUCACUCAUCACGUCCCCUCUGACGCCUUUAUGAGAGGUGAUGGAUGACGCCGGCACACUGAUCUAAUUCCAGGCUGCCCGUCUGUGACAGCGCCGUAUCAGAGACUGAUGAGGACCAAUAACGCCUCUCAGUACCUCACAUGACCCUCCAGGGUCUAAAGUUUCAGCCUCACCUAGACGACCCUGUUAGACUCCAUCACUUCCUCUUUCAUCCUCCUGACUUUCUAAGAAGCUGACAGCAGAAGAGUGCGUGGAGCGGAUCGGCAACGUCAGCGUUAUUUUCCAAGAAUGCUUACAAGACCGGCUCAGUAUUUGACAUGCACUUGGCUUUGCUGAGACUUCUCAGGCUGCAGGAAAAUGAACCUGCUGCCCUGAUCAUUUCUGCAAGACAACAAAACUGGAUUUCUCUGAACUCAAAGUUCUGUUAGAAGGCUGAUAUCUGCAUCAUCCCAACAUUUUAUAGUAGUAAACUGUUUGUCUAAACUGUUGUGUCGUUGCUAAGGUGCUGCAUCACUCCAUAAGGAGGAUGAAAAGCAGGGUGAGGAGGAAGAUCCACGCCUUGGGUCUGGGACCAACUCCUUCAAGAAGAAGACCACAACAGGUCAGAGGAGGAGCAGACAGAAGAAGGAUUAAAGACUCACUUUGUCGAGAUCUUUUAUGAAAGCUGUAAGUCACCUGUCUCUCUCCCACAGACCAAUCAGAGCUUCACUUCACACCUGAGUCCGAUGGAGCCGCUGCAGCUGACUCUGACGAUUCUGACGACAUCAUCGUAUCUCCGUCACGUCCGAUGAGGAGCAGAGAAGUCCUUCUCCCGUAGACCUCCUUGAGAGUGUGAGCUUGAACCGAAUAAAGGUGGUUUUAGGGUUUUUAGAGGAUCCUUCAUGAGACAGCAGCUGGGAUGUUUCCACGUUUGUCAGGAAACCAGAAACAUUUUUCUGUGUUUUCAUUUCGCGUUUGUGCGCUCCAUUUUUGUAGCAUCUGUUUUAAAAACUUUACACACCGAACGAUCAGAAACAUUUGGUGUAGGGCUGCACGAUCGUAAUCCGAUUAUUUGAUUAUGACGAUGUUAAAAAAACUAAAAUCCUCAAAUCGAUUUUCCUCUCUAUCAUGUCUCGCGCCUCCAGGCCACCGUAGGCUCCUCCCCCUUCCUGCAGGAGCGCUCCCCAGUUCCCAACAAACUUGGGC